AACUUAUGUAUAGUUUUCAGCGUUAACUUUGUGUCCAUCCAUCGACUGAUAAUGAGCAUUUAAAAGUAUUUUAAGUGAGUUCAAGCGAACGUUUAGGUUGCCAAAAUGUGACGAUGGCGUUGCCAGAUGGGAAAUUACAAACUGUCCGACCAGAAGAAGAUUUGACGACAAUGGCGGCCAGCAGCAACCAUCCCGCCUGCCAGCCACAGCCUCCCCCCCACAACGGACAGCUGGACCCCGGCGUGCCCCAGAACCCCAGGCUAGGCCCAGGACCGCCCCCCCAGCCUGUGGCCCCACGACCCCUGUUUUACAUGCAAGCUCCGCCUCCUUAUGUUCAAUACCAGUGGCCCGUGCCCCUUUCCUACAACCCCUUUGCUGGAUUCCCACCCAUGGGCUAUGGUAUGGUCAUGCCCCAGUUCCCGCCUCCACCCUAUAUGGAGGCCCCGGCGUGCAUCAUGCCCCACCCACAUGUUCAGCCAGUGGACUACAGACGCUUCCUGCAUCCUCCAGUCCAUAGCCAUUGCCCACCGUACCAGAACAUAAACCAGACCAGGAGAGUUCGAUGUCUUCGAGAAACCGUCAGCUGCGAGGUCCAAACUGAACCGCCACAGGAAAGCUUGACGAGUCGCUGUGUCGGUUCGGAUUCAGGGCGGGAAACUAUGCCGUGUUCUCCGUCAACCUCCAGUUCCAGCUUUAAAAAGCCGGGAUCUGUGGAGGUUGAAAAGUGUCCAUCACCCAGCAGCUGUGUGGACAAGGAGAUCCAGGUGGACUGUCCUCAUGAACAAGUUUUUGUGUCGUCUCCUGACCAAAGAAGUGUCAAGUCCUGCAGUCCAACAUUGGACGCCAGCAGGGUCGUAGACAUGAGCGGUCCGAGGAACGCUCACUGCAACAUCUGGUCCGUGACCUCUCAGGAUUGUGUAGCCCCUGUGUGCAGCUCUUCUCAGCAAACAAACGAGGUUUGCAAAGAAAUCCCUGACAUCUUGCUGCGUUGGAGAAGUACCACGCCACAGGAAGUGAGGAUCAACCUGACAGACGAGCUACUUCCUGACAAUGACGACCAGCUGCCUUCCAGAACUGACAAGGAAUACCAAAGCCCUGUUGGUACUAGUCGCUUAAAGGAUGACUGUUGUACCAGUUUUCCAGAAGGCGUCUUAAAUCACGACGACACAAAUGCAGUUCUGGUCGAGGAGUCCAGAAGAGAAAGUACAGUGUUGGGUUUGUACGUCUCUGAGAAGCCAAGCGGUCCUCAAAGCCAAGUUGGGCGUCCACUGAAUAAAUCCCACAUAGUCGCUGACCAAGAAGACCUCAGCAUGUCGAAGCCCCACGACGACACCACAGAGAAUCCUCACUACAGGAGUCGGAAGAUGAAUGAGUCUGUGUGGUCCGUGGAAUCUUUAGCCCCCUUUGUCCUGAAUAAGGAGUGGAACCUGCAUAAUAACGCGUUCAGUCCUGCGAUGGUUGCAGAGAUGGACGAAGACCCUGAGCAGGAUGGACCCUCGACCCAAGAUGUUUUCAAAGCCAACAAGAAACGAGAUCUGAGAUUGUCUGUUCCAAUGUCAGAUAGUUGGUUAGAUUCCAGCACUCCAGCUGUCAAGACCAGGAACCCACAAACCCAACUGAAGGCCCCGCAGAGCACGACUCCUUUAGGAAACUACGCCCCAGUUUUCUUACACAUGCAGGCUACUCUCCCCAAGGGAGCUGUGGCUGAAGAUGGGUCUUCUGAACCCGUGGCUAGUCAAAGCCCAAACCAGGAAGUAUGCAUUACUGCACAACAGGCAGCAAGUCCGUGCUCUGCUGGCCAAGAAGAAAAACAUCGGGAGAAAACCCCACCCAUAGCCCAGUGGACUCCGGACCACAGCAAAGAUGACGGACAGCCGAGGAACCAGCUUUGUGUCUUUUUACCUGAUCCCAGAACACAGGAUUUGUCACCUGGUAGAUUAGCGCAAUACACUGUCAUCAGCUACCACUGCAAUAAGUCCCAGCUUCCUUCCAGAACUGACGAGGAAGACCAAAGACCUGUUGUUGACUAUUGUACCGACCCUCCAGAGGUCGUCUUAAAUCACGGGAACGACACAAAUGAAGUGCUGGCUACGGAGUGCACAAGAGACGGAGUGUUUGGUUCGAAAGUCUCUGAGAAGCUGAGUAGUCUUCCAAGCCAAGUUGGGCGUUCACUGAAUAAGUCCCCUGACCAAGAAGACCAUGACGACACCACAGAGAAUCUUCGCCACAGGAGUCGCACGAUGAAUGAGUCCGUCUGGUCUGUCGAAUCUCUUACCCCCUUUGUCCCCAACAAGGAGUGGAUCCUGCAAAAUGGUGUGUUCAGUCCUGAGAUGACCGAGUAUCCUGAACAAGAUGGACCCUCCACUGGAAACGUUUCCAAAGCCAACAGGAAACGAAGUCUGAGAUUGUCGUCGUCCGACUCUGUUCCGAUGUCGGGCGCUUGGUUAGAUUUCAGCACUCCAGCUGUCAAGACCAAGACCCAAGAAACCCAAGUGAGGGCACCGCAGAGCACGACUCCUUCAGGAAACUACGCCCCAGUUUGCUUACUGAUGCAAGCGACUCCCCCCAGGGGAGGUGUGGCUGAAGAUGGGUCUUCUGAACCCGUGGCUGAUCCGAGCCCAAACCAGGCCGGAGGUCUAUGCUCUGCUGGCCAAGAAGGAAGACAUUGUAACCCAUCGGCAGGGGAGAGAACCCAGUGGACUCUGGACCUCAGAGAGGCUGGGAAAGCAGUCCAGCUUUGUGUCCCUCUACCUGAUCCCAGAACUGAAGAGUUCUCGCCCGGCAGCGUGGCGCAGUGCUUAGUCAUCUGCUUCCUGUGCAACAAGUACCACACCGCCAGAUGUCCUCACAAGGAGACCAGGACGAACGCGGGGCGACCAGGUGUGAGAAAAUGCAAGAACAACACGAGUGAAGGAGCGCAGGGGGAUCUGAUCAACUUCUCUUGAUGGAGGAGCAGACUGAGGACAUCAACACUGAAGAGGAACAGUCGGGAUUUGGUUUUAAAUAUAAUAAUAAUAAUAAUAAAGCAUUUUUGCUACCUUAA